CUUCAUUUCAAAAUACUUUUUGGCAACCUUGUAGGAUGCUUGACGAGGCCAAUUGUCUUUCAUCAUGACAGUAGGUGCUUUCUCCGAAUGGCGCAAGCUGCCCGUGAGUUUGAGUGAGCUGUGCAUCAAUACCACCUUACGCUGUGGACAAUCAUUCCGAUGGCACAAUGUCCCUGACAGCGACGAAUGGCGCUGCGUUCUACACGGCCGUCUGCUGUCCCUAAAGCAAGACCCCACCCACCUCUACUACCGAACCUACCUCCCUUCUCGCCCUCCAAAGACCAUCUCAACCUCCCCACCACCACCCAAAGCUGCCGCCGCCAUCCCCUCAAACCAACAAAAAGCCUCCUCUCCCCUCAAAACCGAACACAACAACCCUAUCCCUACGAACGGCAAUGAUGACGACCCCAUCCUCCCCCUCCUGACCGCCUACUUCAACCUCCCAGCCAACCUCACCACCCUGUACGAGGGGUGGUCCCAGCACGACGCGAACUUCCGCAAGAAGGCGCCGCAGUUCACGGGGAUCCGCAUCCUGCGGCAGGACGCGUGGGAGGCGCUCAUCGCCUUCAUCUGCAGCAGCAACAACAACAUCGCGCGCAUCUCGCAGAUGGUCGAGAAGCUCUGCCGACGCUACGGCGCCUUCGUGGCCACCGUCGACGGCCGCGCGUACCACGAUUUCCCCGGCCCAGAGGAAAUGAUGGUCGCUGGCGGCGAGGAUGUGGAGGCCACCCUGCGCGGGCUGGGGUUCGGGUACCGGGCCAAGUAUAUCUGUCAGACGGCGCGGAUUGUGGCGCUGGAGCGGGAGAAAGGGUGGUUGGAGGGUUUGCGGAAUCCUGAGUCGGUGGCGUUGGGACGUCCUGGUUCGCGGGGCGGUGAUGGUGAGGGUGACGCUGGGGAAUGGAAGGAGGAAGGAAGGGAGGGGUAUCGACUUGCUCAUGCCAAGUUGCUGGAGUUGCAAGGCGUGGGGCCUAAAGUCGCGGACUGUGUUUGUUUGAUGGGGUUGGGAUGGGGUGAGGCGGUGCCGGUUGAUACGCAUGUUUGGCAGAUUGCGCAGCGGGAUUAUAAGUUCGGGAAGGGGUCACAUAAGUCCCUUAACAAGGUGCUGUACGAUGCCGUGGGGAAUCAUUUCCGCAAGCUUUGGGGAAAGGAGGCGGGCUGGGCGCAAAGUGUGCUAUUCACGGCGAAUCUGAGGACUUUCUCGGAUCGCUUGGCGGCGACUUCCUCCAAGGUGGGGGUGAAGGUGGAGGUUAAAGAUGAGGAAGGAGAGGAUGACGGUGUUGAGGUCAAGACGGAGGUUACCACGGCCACGGCUAUCCCCUUGAAGAGGGCAGCAAGCGAAGAUGGCGUCAAAAUUAAGGCUGAGGACGAUGCGGACACGCAUGCUAUUCUCCAAGCCUCCCAGACUACGACCACGAGACGAAUGUCCAAGCGGCUCCGGAAACGAUGAGGUGAUGAACAUACCUUGUAUCAUAUUUCUUGUAUAUAUUUG